GCGCUCCAGCGAAUCGUAAUCAGUUUCUGGCAGACCGUCACUUUUUGGCAUAACAGCUGUUAACACGCCCCUGUGGCUGACUCCACCCGUCAUGGUCCUUAAAAGUCGCUCCAAGCAGGACUCCCCUGCAGAUCUUACCGGAUGAAGGGUCAGUGAGGCGGUUUGAGCAUGAGCAUGAGGAUGAUGAUGGUUGUGGCGAUGAAGAUGGUGCGCGUCUUGGGAUUUUACAGGACUUCUCAGCGAGUCUGAGCGCGACCGCACCAUCCUGAACUUAGUAUUACAAUUGUAGCUCUUGGAGUAUUAUUUUACAUUUACUUUAUUACUAUUAUUCUGCAUUACUUUUUAAACAUCGAAAUGGAAAAUUACGAAGGAAUCACGUCGUUUUUAGGGGAGUGGGGGCGUUUCCAGAAGUGCGUCUUCUUUCUCUUGAGUUUAACCUUCAUCCCUCACGGUUACUUGAAUUUAUCGAUGGUUUUUCUGGCUGCCACGCCGCAACACCACUGCGAGGUGUCCUCCACAAACGGCGAGAACAUCAGCGACUACAUCCCGCACGAAGGGACGAUCGGGGACCGGGCGCUCAGCAGGUGCAGGCGAUACAAGCACCUCAAUCGGUCCGCGGCCGGCUGGGCAAACGAAACGGAGGGAUGCCUGGACGGAUGGAGGUUCAGCGCCGACACGUACAAGUCCACCAUCGUGACCGAGUGGAGCUUGGUGUGCGAAGAUUCGUGGAAGGCGCCUUUCGCCUCCUCCGUCUUGUUCUUCGGUGUGAUGGCAGGCUCCUUCAUCUCCGGGCAGAUCUCUGACAGGUUUGGCCGGAAGCUGGUUUUUUUUGUCAGUCUGGUGCUGCUGAACACAUUUGCCCUGCUUCAGGCGCUCUCUAGCAGCUGGGAGUGGUACUGCACCUUCUACUUCUUCGUGGGAAUGGCGCGCACCUCCAGCUACAUAUCCGGUUUCAUUCUAGGUAAAGUCAACCCUUUCCCAUCUCAGAAAACCUAGCGGUACUUGCUCAGUCUUAACCGAACUUACAAGCAUAGUAAACAUUCAAGUAUCUUUCAGAAACACACCUCCCACCACAAUGUUUCCGCCAAAGUCUCUGUACUUUGGGUAUCCUGGUGGUUAAGGUCAGGGACUUGUAGAGCAGAUCAAGCCCUUAGUAAUCAGGCUGUGAUGGCAUUGCUCACGUGAUGUUACAGUGAGGGCCCCCAUGUUUGUGGUGAAGCCUGAUCCAACAUUGAUGCACCAUUGAUCCAACACUGAUCCAACAUUGAUGCAAAGUGAACAGUCUCAUGCUAACCAGACAACUUGUUUUUUUCCAAAAAUACUUACCCGGCACCCUAGUGAGGAGAGAAAUGCCAGCAAUGUCACUCGUCAUCAAUCCCCUUUAGCCUUAAAUCAAGCUCCCACCAUAGCUGGUGUAGGCAGAUGGUACAUUAUACACAUUCCUUGUUUUAUUGCAAGGCUGACAUGGUUCUUUGUGUGAAUAUUGUUCUCAGGCACACAGUAUCUUUGAGUGUUAUAUUUUAAAAGUUUGCAUGAUAUUUUAUAGACUUGAUAAAUUAAUUGAAACAGCCUUUUUAUUUAUUGAAAUAGAAAAAAAACAUCAUUACAGAUUUUUCUAUAAACAUUAUCUGCAUUUUAUUUCUUGAAUGGAAAUGUCUAACUUGGUUUCCAAAAGACUUUUUUUCCUGAGUUGGACCAUUUUGACAAAAACCCUUGAUGCAAUUAUCCAAAGCUAUCAGCUCUCCUGAAAGAUGUUUCAUUCUGUUUUCCUGUAAUGCGAUACCUGACAGAUAGCUGCCCAUCACGAGCGUUAAGCCGGCAAGUCAUGUGCCGUCAUCAAGUGACGUCUGUACUGGGCCUCGAAACUACUUCCAAGAAGGCCGCAUAAUCAUGAAGGUUCAGGAGCAGAAUCAUAAACGGGUUCAGCUGUUUCCCUGUCAGGUUCAUCACUUGCCAUCGUCAGUCAUCGUUUUGUUUUGGAUGACUGAAGUGCCAUCUAGUGGUUGAUUACCUAACAUCAUUGUGAUGUCAAUUCUUCCAAGCAGGUAUCAGUGUUGGGGAAGUGGAGCCUGUUUUAGGAGGCAUAGUGUAUAUGAUAGGGGUUUUCCCCCGAAAUGGGAUGCCAGACCCUGACAGGGGUCACAUGUUCACAUAUGAUGAGUGUUUUAUAAAUGCCAGUUUAAUUUAUACAACAUAGGAGAAGAUGGAACCCUCCUCCCCCCAAUCACAGAGCUAGGGUAGGAUUUGAACCUGUGUUUUGACAACCUGAACAUUACCAGUCCUUCUUGGAUCGUGGUUAGGCCUUUGUCUUGAGUUGCAUCAGUAAAUCACCUGGGCCUGUAAACUGGAAAAAUGGAAAACCAUUCCUAAACGCGUCCAGUACCGAGACUUUGAUUGCCUUAUCGGCAGUUUGUCAAACGCCAGCCUCAUGAUGAGAAUGUUGACUUGAUUGUUAGAGCUACUAAUGACCAGAGACUUUUCAAGGGGAAGAUGCUUGAGCGGGGUCUGGUCCCUGUCUUGAGGCACUCAGGACCUAAAAGGGAGGCCCUCUCAAUGGUGCAGGCAAAAGGGGCUCCCCCAGCAACACAUCACUAAUAAUGACAAUGACCUUCACACCGAUGACCUUCACACCGAUGACCUUCACACCAAUGACCUUCACACCAAUGACCUUCACACCGAUGACCUUCACUCUGUUGUUGACAACAACCUCCACACUAUUGACCUU